AUGGUGGUCUUGCUGUACCUGGUAAUAAUUGAUGACAUAUGGCAUCGUGGAGAAUGGGACAUCAUCAGGAGGUCUUUUCCAGAAAGUAAUCUUGGCAGCAGAAUUGUCAUCACAACUCAUAUUGCUUCUCUACCAGGAGAUGAUUUGGAUAAUAGCAAGCUCUGCAUCAGAAUGAAUCCUGUAUGGAGAACAUAUGGUACGUCUGAUAGGAGAUGGCAGUACGGAUGGGAAGAUCUCGCCGCAGGGAUGAAGCCUGAGACGGUUGGACAAGGUUUUGACUGUAACCAUCCCAUUGGGCGCAUGUGUGGUGGUGUGCCGUUAGCACUACUUUGCCUGUUUUCAGCAAUGGCACUGAUCCGAGAGCAACAAGAACAACUAGGGGUAAAUGUAAAUGCAAGUGAUGUGCAAGAUAUGAUUGAGAAGCAAGUUAAGCAAUGUGGAAUUCAGAACACUCCAGGGUUUGAACCGUUGGUAGAGAGCCUGCAGAUUGGCUAUGACAAUCUUCCUCACCAUAUGUUGAAGACCUGCUUGUUGCACUGCAGUAUAUACCCUGAGAAUUACCAUUUUCACAUGAAUGAUUUGUUCAUGCGGUGGGUCGCUGAAGGAUUUACUUAUAAAAGAGAUGCAGCGGAAGACUAUCUCAAAGAGCUUCACAACAGGGGGUUGAUGCUAUGGGCUGGUUACGGGGCCUACCGAAUGAAUCCGAUUAUGCGAAGUUUCCUUAGAUGGAAAUCACGUGAAGAUAAUUUCAUUACUUGCAGUUCCGACAUCAAAUCCUCAUGUGCCUUUACAAUCCAUCGGCUAUGCAUUGACAAUUAUCAAGUUGAUGAUGGUGCAGAUGCAGUGGAGGGGAUGGAUCCCUUGUUUGGACUGGAUUGGUCUCAGAUUCGAUCUCUUGUUGUUUUUGAAGGUGCUAAGAGAUAUGCCCCCUUUGAGAAGUUGGAACAUGCGCGGGUGUUGGAUCUUCAAUAUCAUCAGCAACAUCUUGAAUUCGAAGAGCGUGUUCAUGGUUUUAGGGGUUUGCCAGUCAGAAAGGCUCUUGGGAAUCAUCAUGUGAAGGUUAUAUGUGGACUGCCCCGCGUGAGACACCUAUUUGGUCUAGAGGGGACAGGAAUUAGUGAUAUACCACCAGAAAUAGCGAGGCUUCAGUAUUUGGAGACUUUGCAGGUAAGAUUCACAUCGAUCAUGGAGUUACCCAAUGAGAUUGGGGACCUACAACAAUUGAAGACUCUGGCCGUGAGUCACAACCGCCAGCUAGCAGAACUGCCCAGAGAGAUUGGAGACCUCCAACAUCUAGAGACUCUAGAACUGAGUUACAACGGCAGGCUCAAAGAGCUGCCACGUGAGAUCGGGAAUUUGAACCUGCAUCACACCAAUUUGGAGAAUUUGAACCUGCAUCACACCAAACUCAAAGAGCUGCCUCCGGAGACUGGGAAGUUGCAGCAUUUGAAAACUCUGGAGGUGGGAUGGGCAAGCAUGACAAGGCUAGGAAGUGAAAUCGGAGACCUGCAUCAUUUAGAGACCCUGGACCUGAGUCACAACUUCGGGCUCACACAACUGCCUCGUGAGAUCGGGAAAUUGCAGAAUUUGAAGCGGUUGCGCUUGCGUAAUACUGGGGUGAUGAAGACGCCAAGGGAAAUCGGAGGGCUCAAGAAGCUGGAGAAUGUGGAGUUAGACUAUACAAUGGGUACACUACCCUGGGAAGCUUGCAAGCUUUCGAAAUUGGAGGGAGUGCCCGAGUGCAUCCGCCAAGCCUGGAAGAAGAGUGAUCUUGUGUCUCGUGUGCUAGCCAGGGAGAUCUUGUCAGUUACGCUGUUCAAUGGGCUCGCACUUAGUAGCGGGGGCCUAAUCGUUGGCACAAAACACAUGGGAAUUCCACGGUGGAUCAAGGAUCACUUCAACGAACUUGGCUCCUUGGAUAUCAGGAUCUGCAAACUUGAGAAGGAGCAGGAUCUCGAGAUUCUGCGGGAGAUGCCUAAGCUGCGUUACCUCAGGCUAAGGCUGGAUGUUGUCCCGCGAGAUCCCAUAGCCAUCAGCGGUGAAGGGUUCACGAGGCUCGAGCUUCUCAUAGUUGACUGCCGCAUGCCAAGGGUUAUCACCUUCCAGGAAGGAGCGAUGCCGAUCCUGAGAUGCCUUACCUUUGAGUUCCAGUUCUACGGUGGCCCACCUCCAGCUGCAAAUAAAGGAGACCCUCGGCUCGGUAUCAAGCACCUCCGCCGUCUCUCAAGUGUCGCGUUUAGCUGCAACGAGGAAUGGUAUGGAGGAGCAGCAGAGAGCAGCCCGUGCAUCAGCGCCAUGAUUGAAGUCGUCAGGAAAGAAGCCCAGGAGCAUCCCAACAAGAUCGACUUUCUUGUCUCUGGCCGAGGAGAUGAGGAAUUUCCAGCAAAUGAGAGCUUGGCACGGGAGGUUUCCCAGUCCAGCAGCGUUGAGAAUGAGAUGGAGAACAAAUGGUUGGUGGGGGGCAUGCACAAGAUUUGA